UAUGAAAUAUCGAUGAGCGGGGAAUUCUGCUGGAAAACCAUUCUAGAUAGACACACAGAUUGAAACAGUUCAAGAUAAAAAAAUCAGUUAAUUUUUGACGAAACUAAUAGUUUAAAAAAACAAAAAAAAAACCAAAACAACUUAGGGCACGGAUAAUAUGAUCAAGUAAAGAUAAAGGAAUAUAGUUAUAAUUCCAAAGUGACAGGCAGAAAUGACACACAAGUGCCUUGUCAACUUAGCAACAUAUUGUAUAAUGGCUGCUGUGGUGGUCUCAUUUCCAGAAGAUGUUUAUAAAGAGGAUUAUCGAUGGAUACAGGAAGGGGACGUCAAUAUUGGAGUUAUACUUUCCAUUCACUCCUCUGAUUCGUUAUUCAACUGUACAGACAGUAUAGAAGACGGUCGAAAUGUUCAAAAUGUUGAAGCAUUGAGUUAUGCUGUAAAGGAGAUAAACAAUGAUAUUAAUAUUCUGUCAAAUCUUACGCUUGGGUUUGUGGUCCUAGAUGAUUGUCAAUCUCCAUCAAUAGCACUAGCUCGGGCGAUUCAGUUCAUGCCACGUGAAAUUCGGUACCAUUCUGACAAAUAUAUUAAUGAUGAGAUAAACAAAAGUACACAAACUAAUUCGGAAAGAACAUUUUAUGAUGUGAUAGGGGUAAUUGGAACAUACACAAGCAAAUUGAGUAUAGUGAUUGCAAAUGUACUUAAUCUUUUUCACCUUCCUCAAAUAAGCCAUACGGCAACAAGUGAUUUACUCAGUGACAAAACAAGAUUUCCUUAUUUCUUUCGAAUGGUUCCACCAGAUCGCUAUCAAGUAAAGGCAAUUGCAAGUUUGUUAACACAUUUUGGAUGGAGUCAUGUAGCCAUAGUUUUUUCAGAGGGUAAUUAUGGCGGAGCAGGUGUUAAAGAACUUCAAAACACGUUUCAAGCCACGAAGAAUGGUGUUUGUAUUGAGGAUGCUAUUGCAAUAGCCGACGGAUCAACAGACAUUGAUUUUUAUAAUACGCUGAAAAGACUUGACUCGCACAAAGACACUCAUGUUGUUGUUGCAUUUGUUGAAAUUGAGCACGCAAUAUCUAUAAGUAAAGCAGUUAAAGCUGCAAACCUUGUUAACAGAUUUACAUGGGUUGGCACUGAUAGUUUGAGUUUGAUUCUUGAAGAACAUCCAAAUCUCUGUGACAAUUUACCUGGUUCAAUAUCAAUGCACCCUCACGCGUUUAAUGCAAGUACUCGACGAUUUACAGAUCAUCUUAAACAUCUUAAGUCUAAGGAUUCACAUGAAAUAAGCCAAAAUCCUUGGUUAGCAAACCUACACACUUUCCAUAAAAAGUCAAUGAACAUCAAUAAUAUCAACUCAUCAUUUUCAGUUCGUAAACCUAAAUGUUUCUUCAGACAGAAAGAAGAUAGAGUACGCUCUUCAUUUGUUGACGCUUUCCUAAUUGACAGUGUUUAUGCAUUAGCAUAUGCAAUAGACAGUGUUGUAAAAUCUUACUGCAACCCUUCAAAGAUUGGUAAGAAAAGCGUUGCUGAAUGUGUAUCAAGUAAAGGUAUAUUUACAGAGUUGAAAAAUAUUCACUUUAACGGUAUACAAGGCGAACUUAAAUUUAACAAAGACGGUGAUAUCAUGACGCAAUACGAAGUACAUCAGUGUUUUGCCAAAAGUUUUGAUCGGCCUCCGGAAAUUCGAUCUGUUGGAAUUUGGGAUAUGGAUGGCGAAGAACUUCGAAUAAACGAUAAUGAUUUGCUUUGGACGACUUCAAGCCUACCAUCUUCUUCUUGUCCAAAGCCUUGUUCAGAUACUGUAGGGACAAUUUAUUAUUUUAAGAAACAAACAUGUUGUCAUGUUUGUGUAACAUGUAAACUAAAUGAAAUAGUUGUUGCCAACGCCACAAGGUGCGAUAUAUGCCCAGAACUCUUUUGGCCUGAUAGCAAGACGCGGCAAAAGUGUUUACCGAUUCAGCCCGUAUACUUCGGUCUGCAAAGUGCCGUGUCAAUAAGUCUGUGUGCUUUCGCAAUAGCUGGAGCAUUGACUUGCUUUUGGAUUAUUGUUAUUCUUGUAAAAUACCGGGAAGAACACGUUAUCAAAUGUUUCAGUAUUGAACUGAGUAGUAUAAUUUUGCUAGGAACAUUGUUUACAUACGGUCUUGCUGCAAGUUUUCUUUCACGUCCAAAUGAAUGGAAGUGUUAUGUAAAUUAUGUUGGUUUUAGUCUGACAUAUACGUUGAUAUAUGCUCCUCUUCUAGUGAAAACAAAUAGAAUUUACCGGAUUUUCAAUGCAGGGAGAAGAACCACGAGAAAACCAUGCUUUAUCAGUACAAGCUCUCAAGUUUUCUUUUCCUUUGCUCUUAUCUUCACUCAGGUUGCAAUAGUCAUAAUGUCAACAAGUCUAAAACCGCCAGAAGUAUCUCUUCAUAUGCCCAGACGAACGGAGAAAUUUGUUGAGCUAUUUUAUAACCUGCCACAUGCCGGACUACUUUCAUCAUUAUCGUACAAUCUUAUAUUGGUCCUUAUCUGAACAUUUUACGCUUUUAAAACAAGAAAACUACCUGAUAAUUAUAAGGAAUCCCGUUAUAUUGCAUUUUGUGUUGAUACCACUCUUCUGAUAUGGAUAACAUUUGUUCCGACAUACUUCACCACGACAAGAGCGGCGGCAAAAACAACAAUCGUUGCAGUACCAUUAUUACUAAAUGCGUCCGUCACAAUAACUUGUCUUUUUAUUCCAAGAAUACAUGCUUUAUAUAAGAGCCUAAAAAAUUGUUCUACAGCUAAGCACCACUACAAAGACUUUAGAAUUGUAAAGCACGUUGUUAAGCGGAAGCAUUCCUUCGAUAUGGAAAUAACCGCUCGAGAGACUGUUUCCGGUAUAGAAAAGCGGAUAUCAAAUGGAUUGACAAGUCAUACUGAUUUAAUGUCACGUGAUACCUCAGAUAAUACUUUGCCAGUUACGAACGGAUCACAGCCAUUCUUAGAACUGACAGAUCUUUCCAAAACGGACGUGAUCAGAUCUUGUCAAACACUUUUUGACAUGCAUGUGUUGGAGUCGGAAAUUGAAAAA